CGAUAAAAUUGCAUACUACUAUUAUUCAAACAUGGAAAAGUCGUUGGUACAGUUGGUGGUUAGAAGCCUGCACGAACAAAGCCGCCGGCCGGUUCUUUUGCUCCCUCGGUCAAAUUUAGCGUGGACUCGCAAGCGCCGGCGGCCAAGAGGGCAGGCUACCAAGAGCAGCCUCGGCUCCAACAGAUCGCCGCCGCCAGUAGGCCAACCUCCGGCGGCUGGAGAGCAAGCCACGAGCUAGCGAGAUGGCAGAGCCGACGGCGAGGAUCACCACCGUGGGCUCUUCGGCCUUCCGGUUCAUAGUAGACCACGAGCAAAGCAAGAAGCUUCCCAUCGGCAAGGCCAUCCACUCCGACGUCGUCUCCGCCGGGGGGCACCACUGGAGGAUCGAGUUCUUCCCGCGCGGCCAGAGCGAGGCCGACAAGGGCGAGUAUGUUUCCAUCUUCUUCAGGCACAUGAGCAAAACCACAAGCGUCAGGGCCGUCAUCGAGGCCUUCGUCAUUGGCAGCGACGGCAAUCCAUCUGCGCCGGACAUACUGCAGAGGACAUUUCAAACCUUUGAAACCAACGGAGAUAAAGGCCGCCGUGAUUCCUGGGGAUGGAAUCGGUUCGUCAAGGCAGCCAUCCUGGAGAAAAUUUUCUUAGCAGAGAGGCGCGUCACGUUCGUAUGCGCCAUCAUACUCAUUGACGACAAACCUGCUAUUCCCGUCCCGCCUUCAGAUAUCGGGACUCAUCUUGGCCGCCUGCUUGAUCAUGCCGACGGGACAGACGUUUCAUUCAUCGUCGGCGACGAUACUUUCCUCGCUCACCGCGCGGUGCUUGCUGCUCGCUCACCGGUCUUUAGAGCACAGCUCUUCGGUUCCAUGUCCGAGGCUACCAUGUCAUCCAUCAGGUUGCACGACAUCACGCCUGCAACUUUCAAAGUUAUGCUUGGAUUUAUAUACAUGGAUGAAUUACCCGGACAAGACGAGUCCAACGACUAUUCCACCGAGAUGCUCCAGGAUCUACUCGCUGCGGCUGAUCUAUAUGCACUUGAUAGGCUCAAGGUUAUUUGUGCCCAAAAGUUAUGGAACGCAGUUUCAGUAGACACAGUUGCAACCAUGUUAGCUUGUGCCGAAACCUAUAACUGCCAGGAGUUGAAGAAUAGCUGCAUUGACUUCUUCACAGUGGAAGGAAAUUUUAAGGAGGCCAUGUUCACUGAUGGUUAUGCAUUGUUGGUUCUAAAAUUCCCGUUGAUUACUGCUGAACUCAAAAAGAGGGUUAGAGCAUAAACAUGUUUAUGCUUCAGGCGUUCAAGAAUAGUCUUAUUUGGUGUUUUGGAUUUGGUGAGUGGUAUCUGACACCUUGUGAAGCAUAUAAUCUAUAUUUGCUGAGGAGGGAGCCUGGAAGCUAGAAAUUGUAGAAUCUUAUUCCUGAAGUUUUGGUCUUAGUUGCUAUCGAGUAUUAAUACCGAUAAAUCAUAUGAUUGCCAAAUUACCAACUCAUUUCUCUGUUUUUCUCUUUGUUCUUUUGUACAUGUGGUGUCACGAAACCUUUUAAUGUAUUCAGUUUUGCUAUGUUGUUGCAUAA